CCGUUUCCACACUUGACGACACUGGGCUUCCGUACCUUCAGCUUAUUGGUUGUUUUUCCAGUCUAAUUGGUCGCUGCCGCUGAGGCAGGGUUUUUGACCUGCUGAACAGGGAAGUGAAGAGCAGACGCGGUUUAAAUUCGAAAACACUUGCUUGUGUUUCCGUUAAAAAACACAUAAAAGCGUCAGUUUGAUGCGUCCGGUUACAGUUGCUCCACUUCCGCCUUGUGCCUCUGCCUUUAAACCGAGCGGUGGGUGACUAAGUCUGAAGCCGCUGCGCACAUGACAAACACACUAACGAUGGAGGAACGAUUCCUGACCGUGGUGUUGCUGCUCAGCUGCCGGGCUCUGGCUGCUGCCCGGCGGCCUCACAUAGUGUUCAUCUUGGCCGAUGACUUCGGCUGGAACGAUGUCGGGUAUCACAGCUCGGAGGUCCUGACGCCCAACCUGGACCGCUUGUCGGCCGGAGGAGUCCGCCUGGAGAACUACUACGUGCAGCCUCUGUGCAGCCCGUCCCGCAACCAGCUCAUGACCGGGAGGUACCAGAUCCACACCGGCAUGCAGCACCAGAUCAUCUGGCCCUGUCAGCCAUACUGUGUGCCUCUGGACGAGAAGCUGCUGCCCGAGCUGCUGAAGAAGGAGGGCUACGCCACACACAUGGUCGGCAAGUGGCACCUGGGCAUGUACAAGAAGGGAUGCCUGCCCACCCGCCGCGGCUUUGACUCCUACUUUGGCUACCUGACGGGCAGCGAGGAUUACUUCACACAUGAGCGCUGUAAUCGCAUCGCUGCUCUGAACAUCACUCGCUGUGCGUUGGACCUGAGGGACGGAGAAGAAGUCGCCACCGGAUACAAAGGAGUUUAUUCGACUGAGCUAUUCAGCCAGAGGGCCAUCAGCACCAUUGAAAAACAGAACUCCACCGAGCCGCUCUUCCUCUAUGUGGCGCUGCAGGCAGUCCACUCUCCCAUGCAGGUGCCAGAGCGCUACCUGGCCCCUUACAGUUUUAUCAAAGACCGCAACCGCAAGCUCUACGCCGGCAUGGUGUCGGCCAUGGACGAGGCAGUGGGCAACAUCACCGCGGCUCUGAAGAAGACAGGACUUUGGGACAACACGGUGCUCGUGUUCUCGACAGAUAAUGGAGGGCAGACUUUGUGCGGCGGCAGCAAUUGGCCACUGCGAGGCAGGAAGUGGUCACUGUGGGAAGGUGGCAUCCGAGGAGUCGCAUUUGUCGCCAGUCCGCUACUGAACCAACCCGGAACCGUCAGCCACGAACUGAUCCACAUCUCCGAUUGGCUGCCUACACUUGUAGGCCUAGCAGGAAGGAUCCCCAAAACCCCAAAGCCUCUAGAUGGAUUCAACGUGUGGAAAGCAAUCAGCAAUGGGUUUGCCUCACCCAGACUGGAGCUGCUGCACAACAUCGACCCUCUCUAUAAUGAUAUUGCUCCAUGUCCUUCCAGCGAGCAUCAGUUAACUUUGGCCGAGAUGGCCGGAGGACACUUGUGGGCCAAGUCCGGCUUCAAUGUGUCCAUUCACGCCGCCAUUCGAUCCUCAAACUGGAAGCUGCUGACGGGCUACCCAGGCUGUAGCGUGUGGUUCCCGCGGCCCGGCCACAACAGCUCCAAGUCGAGCCCCUCCAAACUGGAUCCACUGAAGCCCGUCAUGCUGUUCAACAUAGACAAGGAUCCAGAGGAGAGGGUCGAGGUAUCUGCUCACUUCCCCGCAGUGGUGGAUUAUCUCAUCUCUAGGCUCCACCAACACCAGAAGAGUGCCUUGCCGAUAAACUUCCCAGACGAUGACCCCAAAUGUGACCCAGGCCCCGACGGAGCCUGGGGACCCUGGGUUUAGGUGGAGAUGAUGAACAUUGUGAAGGACGUAUAUCUUUGUUUUCUUCUGUGGAGAAAGACAUAUUUUUUUUAAUCUAUGAUUGACUAUUUACAAUGACAACCAAUAAAAAUUUGAUAACGCA